AUGGCCCGUCCGGUGCCCUCCGAAAACACCGACGAGGGGCCCAAGCUCGACUGGAACCGAGAUCCACUCUUCCCAUGCGCUUUGCUUUGCUUUGCCGCAUACUGCAACCUCGCUCUCCGGAUCCUCGCGAUGUCGAGAUGUCGUGUCUUGAUAUCGCAGAUGGCGCCAUGCUCGGCGGUCGUGGAGCGCAUUCGUUGCCUCUGGCUGCAGCACCCGCCGGGAUGGCUCGAGCGCCGCACCGAACGCGUGGCUACCGUUGCGACGCACAAAGUUGUUGUCCGCAUUGACAGACUCGAUCGAGCGUCACGUUCUUUGGCUGGCUUCCGUGCAGCGAGCGUGAUUGCCAUGGCGACGCCUUUCCCUCCCCAUCCGACCCCGGCUCUUUCGACGAGUCGAGAUGGUUGCAACUGUUCUGCGAUCCUUGCAUCCAUGCGUCCCGAGAUCCCCAAUCGUAGUCGCAUGCACCUGCGCUCCGAAUCGCUGCUGCACACGGCGGCUAUGUGGGGACGCAGCUUCGACGGCCCACGCGAGCUGCACCUUCCUGCUUGCUCCCAAGCAUCGAGACUCGAAAGGCGCCCUCCGACGGCACCUUCACUCUCGCCUCAACUCGCUGCCUCUGGCUCUGAUCAGCAUCGACGCUCGGCUCGCCACUUCGCUUAG